GGUCUCGAAUGAAUUAGGAGCAGGUCACCCAGGAGCCGCUCGUUUGGCAGUGUGGGUUGCGGUAGUCAUGACUGUCACAGAGGCAUUAUUGGUGGGAUUAGUUCUUAUACUGAUACGUAAUAUCUGGGGUUAUGCUUAUAGCAAUGAAAUAGAAGUGGUCAAAUACGUUGCGAAGAUGAUGCCUAUACUUGCAGGAUCCCACUUUCUAGAGGGAUUGCAGUGUGUUCUUUCAGGAAAUGCUAGAGGAUGUGGGUGGCAGAAGAUCGGAGCAUAUGUGAAUCUUGGAUCAUACUAUAUAGUGGGAAUUCCAUCAGCUAUUUUAUUGGCUUUUGUCUUCCACAUUGGUGGAAAGGGUCUCUGGUUGGGGAUAAUAUGCGCGCUCGUCGUGCAGUCUUUGUUCCUUCUUGUGAUCAGCAUAAACACCAACUGGGAGGAACAAGCCAACAAGGCUAAAGAGAGAGUUUACAAGUCUGUAGCUCCCGUAGAAGCGGUCUCUUGAAGAUUAAACGCGACCGAAAUAGAGAAACUUCAUUGCCUAAUUGAGGGAGGAAG